AAAAGAAGUUGCUUUAAAUGCAAAUUGAAAUAGGACUGUACGUAGAAUAUUCUCUUUCUUAUUUCACAGAGUAAUUCUGUGCAAACAGACCGUAGUUUUGGGAUUCACUCCUUUUAAAAAAAAUUAAACUUUUUUUAAAGAAUAUUUAUUUGUUUUAAUCUUAGUUAAAUGUCAUAUUUAAAAAUAUACAACACAUAAUUUGUAGAACAUUUUCGUAAAUUUGAAAAAUUAUUUUAGAAAUUUCUUGAACAAAACUUACCUUCGAGAUUCGAGUAGGUGGGUAUACUGCGUAUUCUGAAAAUUAAACAGUUGAAAUGUUAUUGAAGUUCUUCGUGGAUACAUUGGUGUUACCGCAAAGUUUAAUUUGGCGUUUUAUCUUGUGAUUUGUAAUAUUUGUGCGAAUAACAAUUGCCGUGAAGAAUUUCUUAAAGUUCUUUAAAGUGCAUGUGAGAGAAGCUGUGACCUGUGAUAAUUGUGCGUGAACACAAGGUUAGGAAAAAAAUCGCGUGUAAUUGCAGACAUUUCUUUGUUGCAUUAGGAUUAUAACAAAAUGCCAUCUGACGACCCCGAGAAAUUUGAUGGUAUGCUUUUGGCGCUUGCUCAACAACAUGAAGGGGGCGUGCAAGAACUUUUGGAUACAAUAUUUAGCUUCCUUGCUAGGAAGACCGAUUUUUAUACGGGAUGUGCUGAAGGGGCAGCUGAAAGACUUGUGAUGUCAAAAUUUAAAAAAUACGAAGACCAAGCACUUGAGGUUGUAAAAAAGAAACAACAAGAAAAGGAAGCUACAGACCGUAAAAAACAGGAAAAAGCAGCUGAAAAGAAAAAACUAGAAACCGAUGCAAAAAAAGAAGAAAUGCAAAUUACCGAAUUAACUGAUGAAGAGGCAGCGAAACUCCAGAAAGAACUAGAUGAAAAGAAAUCCGAAACAGUCAAGGAAGUUAAGCCUACUUCAAGUAAUGGGGUUUCAGUAUCUACAGGCGAGGAUGAGAAUACUGCUCAUGACUCUGAUGAAGAAGACCCCAAGGAAAAGGGGAAAGUCAAGCCAAACUCUGGUAAUGGCUGUGAUCUACCAAAUUAUAGGUGGACACAAACACUUCAAGAGGUGGAAGUUCGAGUUCCCAUCAAAGUGAACUUCAGCGUUAGGCCACGAGAUCUGGUUAUUGAUAUUCAGAAACGCAGACUCAAGUGUGGUGUAAAAGGACAACCUCCAAUUAUUGAUGGCGAGCUGUACAACGAGAUCAAGGUAGAGGAGUCGACUUGGGUCGUGGAAGAUGGAAAGAGUGUUCUUUUGAACUUAGAAAAAAUAAAUAAGAUGGAAUGGUGGAGCCGUUUGGUAACAUCAGAUCCAGAAAUAAGUACUCGCAAGAUUAAUCCAGAACCAUCUAAACUGUCAGAUCUUGAUGGAGAAACCAGAGGUCUCGUGGAAAAGAUGAUGUAUGAUCAGAGGCAGCGGGAGUUGGGUUUGCCUACAUCUGAAGAGCAGAAAAAGCAAGACAUCAUUAAGAAGUUUAUGGAACAGCAUCCUGAAAUGGAUUUUUCAAAAUGCAAGUUUAACUGAAUAAAUUGAAUAAAUAACACAAAACUUUAAUAAAGUGGUUGUGUAUGUGAACGAUAACAUUUCAUAAAUGUAACUAUGAAUGAUAGCUUAUAAUUUGUCAGAAAUAUGAUUUUUCAAGAAUUGUUACUAUUGAAAAAAAAAAAUGAGUUUGCAAUGUUUUUCACUGUACCAACUAAAAUGUAUUCUAGUGUGUAACUAUUUAAGUGCUUUCAAAAUUUGUUAAUAUGCAUGUAAAGGUGUAAACUUCAUGAAGAUAAGUAGAUUUGCUAUGAAGGCUCUUUGCAGAUUUGUUCAAAGUUGUAGUUUUGUAUUAUGUUUGUUAAUGGGAGACAUAUUUAUGAGUUACAUGUUGCGACUCUUGCUAAGCAAAUGAUAUGUGUACAUUUAUCUGCCAUGUCAUAACUGUUCUUAAAUAACGGUGGCUGCUUAAAUACUACCUUACCAUAUUAUGUUUACUAGAAUUUUUUUUUUACUAUUAUGAAAUACUAUUAUUGUCUCUUAUAACAUAAUGAAUUAACAUUUAUUUUGAAAAUUUUACACUCAUUAAGAUUACCACCAAAUAAUUAUUAAAUAAAUACAGCCAUGUUGAAAAUGCUUGUUUACGUGGUGGCACAUUCACAUUUCCCUUUACAGUUGGAGCUUGCCAAGCUUUGAAGGGUGGAGAUAGUAUUAUUAAAGCUGCCUUGUUAUUGGCUAAUGGUCACACACGAUACAGGGGGGUGAUUGACAAAUGCUGUGGAUGUGUGUGUGGCAUGUAUGGUCCUUUAGCACUUUAUCCAAUAACUACCAAACACCAUGAUACUUAAAUUUAGAGUAUAUACACACACACACGUCAUUUUUCCAUAGUACUUUUUAAAUUGGUGUGUUUAAUAUGAUCAUUGUGACUAUAAAAUACUAGUACACUUAAGUAAUUAUGUCUAUAUUGUAAAGUGAAAAUUAAAAGUUGCAGUGAAAGUUU